CCUAAAAAUAAAAAGUAGAACCGAUUGCAUGCAUCCAUCUCUGAAAAAUUGUGUGAACUCGGCCUUAUGUUUUUGUCAUUUAAUUUAUUUGCAAAAAAUAGUCGAAAACAAAGAAUCAUUUCAAAAUAAUAUGCUUAAAUCAUUUAGUAAAAUUAUUAAAACAUGUUCCUCCCGCCAAAUACAUUUAAUUCCAAUGGUUGUCGAACAAACCGGUAGAGGUGAGCGUGCUUACGACAUAUUUUCAAGAUUACUUAAGGAACGCAUUAUAUGUUUGAUGGGCCCGAUACACGAUGAUUUAAGCUCUUUAGUAGUAGCACAAUUACUAUUCUUGCAAUCCGAAAAUUCAAAUAAGCCAAUCCAUUUAUAUAUAAACUCUCCUGGUGGUGUUGUAACUGCUGGUCUUGCUAUAUAUGAUACGAUGCAAUACGUAAAACCUCCUAUAGCAACCUGGUGCGUUGGUCAAUUAAGUAAUGUCUAA